AUGGAUGUAGAUGACAAUGGCGCAAGGUUUCAUGGCAUGAAUAAAUAUGAGAAUUACGUAAAUCAAAAAAAAUCCAAAGAAAAUAAAAACGCCAUUUCAAACUCGAAGGGGGAGGAUAUACCUCGCGCCACUGGAGAAUACGAUAAGAUUGAUGCACACGAAGAGAAUGACCAGUCGUACGAAGGAUUCGUCAGCAUCUCAGACCAGUCCUCAUGUGUGAGCUCCAUUUACAGAAACGAUUUUUAUGAUGACGAUGAGGAGGAGGAAAAUGUCAACCGUGCCGAUGAGGACGAAAAGUUUAACUCCGUGAAUGGGACCAACCAAUCCAGCCCAGCCAAUCAUCUGAAAAGUAAUGUUAAAAGCAAUUCCGACGACUCCAUGUCAGAUGAGGAAUAUGCGACUUAUAUAGAUCAACAGGAAAAGUAUGUAAAUAAAAUUCUCAACAGAGGAGACAGCAAUAGUUACGGAGACAACGAUGAUCUCUUGGAAUCGCUCGAACAGGCGGGAAAAAAUUUGGGCAAGAGAAGCAACUGGAAGAGGCUAUUUUCCAUCAGCAGCACUGGCCACGCAGCAGAGAGAGACGAAAGAAAUGAACCCUCCGAGCGUACUGAACCCGUAGAGAAGGCGGCGCGUUACGGGGAAGCGGAGAGUGAUCAACCAAAAAGUGCAAGUUGCGCGAAUGAGAGUUCGCCGCAGGGGAAGCCCAGUCCGGGCGAUCCUCGCGAUAGACGUAGUGAUAACCUAAGGGGGGAUAACUUCGAUGCCUCGCGCGAGGAAGACGAAUGCAAAGACGGUGAAGAAGAGGAAGACGACGAAGACGACCUCUACUCUGUCAUAAGCGGGUCCGAGGGGGACAACGAAAUUUUCCUCGCCACGAAGAGAAGCGACAACGCGAGGAAGGAUGUCCAACCAACAAUCGAUCAGUGGCAGAAAAAAGGAAUUCACAAUAAGGAGGAAAACCAAAAAGGCGCCGGCUCUGCACGCGCAGGCGCAACUAGGAGGAUUAAAUUCCAGGACGAAAUAGUGCAAAAUGAUGAAGCGGUUAAAACAAAGACACAGAAUAAAGAGGAAAGGUUCGAUAAGAAGAAGGAACAAACUGCUGCUUCCCCCCGCGGGGCGAAGACAAUUCCGAGCGAACAGGACAGCAAAAACAGACACAUGGAAAAGGAAAAACAUUUUCAAAACAAAAAAAACUACGAAUUUAAAAAACUUGUGUCGUCCACUAUUAAUAUGUGCCAUCCGAAAAUUAAAGGUGCAACUGAUACGGAGGAUAUUCUAAGCAACAUGGAAAAAAUUUCGCAAAUUGUCAUAAUGGAUGAUAGAAACAAGGGAAGCGGAACUAACGUGGCGGAGGAAGAAGAGGAAGAGGGAGAAGAAAGCACCAACAGUCUCUACGACAACGUAGAUAACAUCCUGGACGAUCGGAAAAAAAUGUACAUGAAAAAAAAAAAUGAAUAUCUUAUGAACAAGACGAAAAGUGAGGGCUUAACGAACACUGCGGAGAAUGAAAAAGGGCAGCAACAAAGCAGCGAGGGAAACUUAAACGAUGUACAAAAAAGCAGCGUUGGUAGGGGCACCCCCGCCGACGCCAAAGCUACAGAGGGAGAGCGAACCGAUUUUAUGUACUACCUAAAUCACGACAUGAUAGAGUUAAAUGAAAAUGUUUUCAAAUUAUACCAUGGGACCUGUGACUACACCCAUCGAAAUCUGUGUGCAAAGAACAUCAUCAACAUAGUGCCCCACCUGCACAACAUAUAUGAACGUACAAAUUUGAGCUACAUUAAAGAUUCGCCAAAUUUUCACGAAGUGUAUAAGGUUGUUCCCGAGUGGAAGAGCUCCUUCGAGAUGCUAAACAAGAAAGCGCAAGAGGACACAGAGGAUAUGAAAAAUGUGCUCAGAAGGAUCGAGAAUAUCCAAAAUGAUUUGGACGAAUUGGGAAGAGAUCUCAUAGAAGAUAAAAAAGAAUUCGAAAAUAUCAAAUUCGAAACGGUGCAGCAUGAAUCGAUGAUAACAAAUUUGGAGAAAAAAAGUAAAACUCUUAUUAAGGGGGUAUUGAAAUUGGAUAACAUGUCCUUUAAAUUGAAAAAGAUACAUAAUAUAACUACGAACAAUAUGAAUAAUUUUACCAUUGUAGAGAAUGUGAACAGAUUGCUCAAAUAUAUGGAUACUGCUCUCACCGAUUAUUCGCAACUCUUUUCAGAGGAGAAAACUAUGGACAUUCUGCGAUUCCAGCCCAUAGAUAAUGUUUAUAACUUUCUCACCAACACAGAUGAUGAGUCCUGCUUCAUUAUGAAUCUGCUGAGGGAAGAAUUGAAAGAAAUGAUACUAGAGAAGAAAGAUCAAAUGCAAAAUAUCAUAAGAAGGACCAUGCUGUACAAUGCAUACGACACGAGUAGCUACAAGGAGCAUAUUACCAACACGCUAAAUAAACAGAGCCUAAUGAUAAAUCGUAUAAAAUACAACAUCCACUGUAACGUAAUUCUACUCUUCGAAAUGUAUGAAAAAUUUGCAAAGAAAAAUAUGAAGGUUAUAAGAAUUGGGGAAAAUCAAAUAAAAAAUUACCUAAAUGAAGAAACUAAAGCGUCCUACAUAAUAAAAUCUGUUAAUGAUAACCAGAAGAAGAUCUCCAAAUAUUUUAACUGUAUUAAUUUUACUCGAAACAAACCAAUUAUUCACCCUUUUUUUAUUCACUCCUGUCUAAGUGACAAUUUUGUUCAUCAUUUUAUUACCUUUGUUCUGGAUCCUUUAUCAGACGAACACCAGAAAGAUUUCCUGCAGUAUUGCUCUGUGCCUGGUUUUAAUUCUCCGUUAUUUGUUGAAAAAAUUGUUAAACUGUAUAGACAGGAAGAGCAAUUCACGAAAAGUGACACUUCGUAUGACUUUCGGUCAGCUUACUCCAGAAUUAUCCUCCCCGAUUUCUCAGAUGUUUCUAAUAAUUCCUACCCUAAUCAGCCGUACGAACGAUGGAAUGAAGAAAAUCAGUACUUGAUAGCUUUGAAAAUUGCCUCAGACUGCUGUUUUAAAUCUCUGCUAGAGAACAACCAAUCUGAUCCCCUCUCCUCCGUAGACUCGAAUAAUGCCUUUAAUUUGUUUCACUACAUCCCCGACUCCAUAACCAACAUGAGCAGCAGUUCGCCUGUUCCCAAUCACGCAAGUUAUCCCCCCCUUCAUAAUAACAACAAUUUUAGUUUUAACAUUAGUAGUAAUGGUCCCCUCUCCUCCUUUGGAAUGGCAAACUUUGGUGCUUCCAACAAAUUCGGGUCCCCUCCCCCAUUUGCUAACAACAGCAUGACGAUGAAUAAUACUUCCGCGCUAAGUAACAAUGCUAGCGGGAUGUUUUCUCAGAGCAGCGGAAGUGUAUUUCCCAGUGGUGCUUCUUCCUCGUCUGGGAUGUUCGGAACUUUCAACGCUGCCGUCACCACGAGUAGCAUGAACCAGGCAAGUGCCACUACAAACCACUUUGGCACCCUCUCCAACCAGUUUGGUAGCCUCUCCAAUCAGUUUGGCGGCGCUUCUAACCAGUUUGGCAUCCCCCCAAGCACCAACCAAAGCAACACGUUUGGAACAAACCUGAUGAACACCCCCUCCAGUGGAGCAUCGAGCAACAUGUUUAACACGAACAGCUCCAGUUCUCUGAGCGGAUUUAACCAAAACAGAAGCAACUCUUUCAUUGCGGGCGCAUCUGGCGGGAUGUUCGGAAGUGCCAACUCGGCGGCCACUUCUGGUAACGCGACCCAGCUAGGAAGCAGCUCCAACCUGUUUGGGGGCACUGCGAACAGUUCGACCGGCAUGUUCGGAAGUAACUUCAAACAGAACGUGUCAAGCAGUAUGUUUGGAAAUAAUCCAGCCGCUAACCAAUCCGCCGGGGGGACGAGUAACCUGUUUGGAACCAGCGGAAGCACCAACAGGGGAAAUUUCUUCAACAGCAGCACUAGCAGCGGCGCGCUAGGGAUGUCGACCAGCACAAUGAGUGCCAACACGGGACUCUUUAACCAGGGCAACAGCGCCAACAAUAACUCCACCCUUUUCGGUGGCCUCUCCUCAAGUAACGCAAAUAUGUCCAACUCGCAAUUAGCGAGAAGUGGGCAAACCGGCUCAAGUAACUUAUUCAGUACUGGCCCCAGCACAGCAGCCGGCAUGGGAAUGAGCAGCCUAAGUAACAACAGUGGCAACAUGCUCUUCUCGCUUAACAAUCAGUCCAACACGAACAUGUUCGGAAGUAACAAUAAUAGUGGCACCCCCUUCGGAAAAAACUUAACCAGUGGAAGUGGCUCUCAGUUGAAAGAUAGCAUGUUCUCAUCCUCUCAGUCAGGCGCCACGAAUCAAAUGAUGAGUACUAAUUUCUUUUCUGCAAAUAAGGGAAUGAUGAGUACGUCGGCGAGUGGUAGCACUUUUUUUUCGAACACUUCUAUGGGGAACACCUCCACGGGUGUAAACACUGGGGCGUAUCCAUUUGGAAGCAAGCAAAACUUUGGCGCGCCCAGCGUCAUCUCUGGAGGAAUGAAUUCAAGCCAUGCCAGCCAAAGUGGAAACCUCUUCAAUAGGAGUAGUAUGUAUAAUGGCCAAAUAUCAACCGUUGCUGGGAACACCAAUUUUAACAACCUCAGUAACAACAGCAGCAGUAGUAACAGAAUGGACAAUUCCCUUUCCGCCAAUAAGUAUGGAAACUACUUCCAGAAUAAUAGCACCUCCAAAAACAGCCUCUUUUGUGCAGGUGCGAAUAACCUCUCAAGCAGCAGUAACAGCAGUAACAGCAAUUUGUUUCGCCCAGAUUCCAGCACUAAAAAUAGCAACGUGUUUAAUAACCCCACGACUAACAACACCCCCAUUGGAAGUAUGUUUAGCAGCAACUUAGGCUACGGUAGUAACGCCAACAGUUUUUCCUAUAACAGUAGCAGCAAUAGAAAUCCCAUGAGCAACCUGCUGACUGGACAAAGUAACAACCAGUUCAGAUCAUCCUUAGGAAUGAUGACCGGAAACAACACUCCUACCAAUAACAGUAAUAAUAACUUGUUCCUAUCUAACCAAAAUAAAUCUUCCUUUAUGUUCUCAAAUGAAAAUAAAGGAAUAAGUAACCCUACGACAUAUGACAAUAAUUUGUUUCAAAAUGCAGGUAACAGUUUUCUCGUGAAUAACAAACCUGGAAUGACAUCUCCGUCGGGUCUAUCCAACAGCUUGUUCCAGAAAAGUACCCCUUCUCUAAAUCAGAACAAGGGAUCCAUGUCAACGUUUAACAGCAACAGCAACCCCGGCAACUUCGGGCUGGUCAACCAUAACACCGGCAUCAUGAGUGGCGCUAACAUUGGCAAUAGCAUCGGCAACAGCGACAACAGCAACGUUAACCGAUUCCAGCAGAACAGUUCGUCGAACUUCCCCUCAGUUUUCAGCCCAUCUAACAAGGGCAACACCAUCUUUUCGAGGUAA